GAAAAGCCCCUCUUUCUGAAACUUUGUCAAAACGUGGAGUUUAUCAACGUUGUAAAAGGACAGUAUUUAUUCAACAUUGGCGACGCUGAUGACAGCAUUUACAUUGUGCAAUCUGGAGAGAUUCAAGUGAGCCUUACCGAACCCGAUGGCUCUGUCCUAGUGCUGAAGAACGUUCAUGUUGGCGAAUCGAUUGCCAGUAUGCUUUCAGUGAUGGAUGUUCUCACGGGCAACGUUUCUAAGUUCAAAACCAUCUCAGCAUUUGCAAUUGAGGACAGUGUCAUACUGCGCCUGAAAAUCGACGUUCUCAAGCAGAUAAUCGAGAGCUAUCCAGAUUUGCUGAUUCGCGUUGUACAAAUCAUCAUGGUGCGACUGCAGCGAGUUACAUUCACCUCUCUUCACAAGUAUCUCGGCCUGACAACUCAAUUAAUUCAUCUCGACAUUCAGGAUCGUCUAAUGUCGUACUAUAGUAGUGCACUGAACAACUACAACAUGCCCAUACGAAACAGUCCUACGCGAAACAUUGCAAAUGCGUCUCAUUUUCGCUCUUUUUCCACAGCCGAUGCAAUCGACCUGAAAGAAAUACUUAAAGUGGACUCUGAAUCAGGCCUUAAAAAUGCCGACUCAACGCAACCCAGCUCAUCCGCCAAAGCGAAUGCAACAGCAAAUGAAACGCCUGAAACUGAACGGUUCAAAAUGAGAGGUCGUCGAGCGUACAUGGUUGAGGAUAAAACUACUGGAAUGUCACAAGAGGACUUGAUCAACUCUGCUGUCAAUGAUUUGAACAUCAUCUUGAAAAUUCAAGACCCAGAUCUGCUAAAGAAGUACGUUUCAAUAAGUGAAUUUAAAAAGGGCAGUGUGCUUGUAUCUGAAGAAGACGGAGAUGAGAUGAACUUGCUGUUCCUGCUCAGUGGUUCGUUUAUGGUGUCACAGAAGUCACUAGACUCUGAUGAAGAUCACAAUCUGUUUGUCGUUUACCCUGGCGAGCUGAUCGGAGCACUUGGCGUACUGACUGGUGAGGAGCCCAUUUUCACAAUUCAAACUCGUCAGCAGUGCAAAGUGGCCAUCAUCUCGAAGGAGAGUGUUCAGGAGAUUUUGGCCAAGCACCCUGAAGUGUCCCUACAGCUGGCCCACACUGUCAUUCAGCGACUGUCCUCGUUUGUGCGCCAGAUCGACUUUGCCUUAGAUUGGACGCACUACGAAUCAGGACGAGCUAUCUAUCGAGCUGGCGAAAAGUCUGACUGCACAUACAUUGUUCUCAGUGGUCGCCUUCGUUCAGUGGCCACCCUCCCUAGCGGCAAACGCGAGCUGGUUGGCGAGUUUGGCAAGGGCGACCUGGUGGGCAUCGUCGAGGUGAUCACCAAAACUCAACGCUCCUCCACUGUCAUGGCUGUGCGAGACUCUGAGCUGGCCAAGCUGCCCGACGGCCUGCUGGACGCGAUCAAGGUGAAGUACCCCGUCGUGGUGACUCGCCUCAUUCACCUUCUCGGCCAUCGCCUACUGAUCGGAAACAUUCACAGUCCCAGUGUGAAGAUCUCAGAGCGAGGCUCUCGACCGUCGGGCUCCAACUUCUCCACCGUUGCCUUGCUGUCCGUCGCGGACGAUGUGCCCCUGCAUGCCUUUGCCUAUGAACUGUAUCACGCCAUCACCGGAAUCGGCUCUGUGACGCUGCUCACCUCAGAGAGUGUGAAAAAGACACUUGGUCCAACUGCACUUGAUCGUCAGUCGGAGUACCGACUGUGCUCGUGGCUGGGCAUUCAGGAGGACAAGCACAAAAUUGUUCUCUACCAGUGCGACAAGGGCUUCUCCACCUGGACGCAACGCUGCAUUCGACAGGCGGACUGCAUUCUCAUUGUCGGCCUCGGCGACCAGGAGCCUACUGUGGGCUACGUGGAAAAGCAGCUGGAGCAUCUGUCUAUUCGUACACAGAAGGAGCUAGUCCUGCUGCAUCGAAUCGACGGUCCACGACCGAAGAACACCGUUCAGUGGCUAAACAUGCGUGACUGGUGCUCCUCUAAUCACCACAUUCGAUGCUCAAAACGAGUCUUCUCCAAGCGAGCUCCCUCCAAAAUUCAGGAGUACUACAGCAAUAUCAUAAAGACAAAUCCGCCGUCUAUUCAUUCUGACGUUUCUCGCCUGGCCCGCUUUCUCACUGGCACCUCCAUUGGUCUGGUUCUAGGCGGCGGCGGUGCACGCGGUGCAGCUCACGUGGGCAUGAUCAAGUCGCUCACUGAAAUUGGCGUUCCAAUUGAUAUGGUCGGAGGAGUGAGCAUUGGCGCCUUUAUGGGCGCUCUGUGGUGCCAGGNGCAAAUUCUCGAUCUCACCUAUCCGUCGACGGCCAUGUUCACCGGACAUGCCUUCAACCGUUCCAUCUACGAGGUCUUUGGCGACAUUCAGAUAGAGGACCUUUGGUUGCCCUACUUUACCGUCACCACCGACAUCACCAGCAGCUGUCCGCGCAUUCACAAACACGGCUCACUUUGGAGGUACGUCCGCUCGAGCAUGUCACUCUCGGGCUACCUGCCCCCGCUCUGUGAUCCAGUCGAUGGUCAUCUGCUGCUGGACGGUGGCUAUGUGAACAACCUGCCAGCUGACAUAAUGCACGACGUCAUGGGCGCGGAGACCAUUCUCGCCAUUGACGUGGGCAGCCAGGACGACUCGGACCUGACCAAUUACGGCGACACUCUCAGUGGCUGGUGGCUGCUGUGGAAGCGCUGGAAUCCAUUUACGACGCCAGUACGCGUGCCUAACCUGCCGGAAAUUCAGUCUCGUCUGGCGUAUGUCAGCUGUGUGAAGCAGCUGGAAGAGGUCAAAAGCUCCGACUACUGUAUUUACAUUCGCCCGCCCAUUGACGGCUACAAAACACUGCAAUUUAAGAGCUUCAAUGAAAUUAUGAACGUCGGCUACCACCACGGAAAAGUGCUCUUCAGUACUUUGCAACUGGGUGAACACAAGUCACUGCUUGCCUACUUGCAACGCGAUAAAACACGGCGAAUCAGCACUGUUGAUAAUUUGCUGCGCGAUUUACGGGGCACCCCCUCUUCUCCUGUCACCCCAAUUUCAUAA